UAUAUUGACUUAAAUUUGGAAGUUUAUAUUUUUAUAUUAGAGUGAAUUAAAAAUACGUUAAUUUCAAGUAAGAGCAAAAAGCAUGUCACGCAGCGCACGCCCUCUCACCUCAGCCCGCGUGCUGCACAAGAUCAAGGAGCUAACCACGCCGGCAACCGAUGGCAACUUUGUAACCAAUCGCAAUCCUCGUAAUCUAGAGAGAUUGCGCAUUGCCUACAAGCCUACGGGCUAUCAUUUGGAGAAACCAGGACGUUCAUACUGGCACACACUUGAAAUCAACACCAGCGGACGCUAUGUAAGUGCCGACUUGAAGCAUUUCGAGAACGGCACCAUCCUUAGCGCCAGCACCUCCGAGUGGGCAAUCAAGCAGCAAUUGUACAAAACGAAGGACACCUCGGCAUUUGUCAAUCUGGGACGGGUGCUCGCCCAGCGAUGCCUGCAAGCUGGCAUUACCGAAAUGACCUGCAAUGUGAAUGCCGUGGCCGGCAGCAAAUUGGAGAAGCUGCUCCAGGCAGUGCAGGAGAACGGCGUCAGUUUUCAGGAGCCGACCAGACUACCAAAUACCCAUCCCUGGGAUGCCUACAGGCACGAGAAGCCCUGGGAGGUUUCUGAACAAACUGCAACUGUAGCCACGAAAACAACCGAUGUUAAAUAAAAACAACAAAAUAGCUUUGGGUUUCGUAUCGUUUAGAAUAAA